CUUAAGUGACAUAUUGGCAGUGUCUCAAAACCUUAUAAGCAGUCUACCUAGACUGGAUUUUGGGCAUUAUAUGUGCCGUGGGAAUGACCGAAAGGAUCACAGCACGCGUUUCGUCUGCUAUUGUUGAAUUUUUUGUCAAUCCACACUUUGAUCGCUGCGUCGCGUCUCUCUUAUGUUUCACCGUCUUGCGCCAUUAACGUUAAACAGCGUGUAACCUCUAUUAACUUCUUUAAUUUCGAUUUAAAACCCUCGUUCAGUUCCAUUCCGUUGGUUGUGUCUAGCCGUUUUGAACAGCGACAGACGUAUGAACGCCCCCUUACUUUCUGCGCGCGGAAGAAUCAGUUGCCGCGGACUUUUGAGUGACGUGACGAACUCGUAGCGAGCGGCUAGGCGUUUACUGUCCUGCCGCGCAGUUUUCCUCAUCACUCCGGCAGACGGGCUUUAAACAAAGACUACCGCUAAACACGGAGCACCUGGUUUUCUCCUAUGCCUAAUGCGAAGUGUCGUAGCUUUUGUGACCGCGUCGUGCUGUUGUUAAAUGGUGACACGUCUGAUUGGGAGCAUAUAUUGUUGAAUAUCGUUUCAGGUUGCGUUUAUAGACACACAAUCUGUGCGCAAGUAUGCCGAGGAGAAAACAGCAGGCGCCCAAACGAGCGGCAGCUUAUGAUUCAGAGAAUGUUAAGGAGAGCACCAUACAGACUGAAGACACUGGAAGUGAUUGCUCAGUGCCCAAGAAAAAACAACAGGGUGAAAGUGAUUUGGGAGAAGACUUCAUUAACCCAGUGGAUGAACAAGAUUCCCCUACUGCUGAGCUCUCAGGCCAUGAUGUUGACAAUGAAUCUCACAUAAGUGAAUCUAGUGACCCCAUGUCAGAUGCAGACAGCACCCCGAUCAAAAAUACGGAGGAGGCCACAACAGACUUUCUAAAAGACCAUUCUGAGGACUCAGUAUGUAUUACAGACAGUCUAGAACAGAUGAAGUCUAUUUACAAAAGCUUUCUUAAUAAUCCCUACUGGUCCUUUUUGAGCUUGAAUUCCUCUCAACCGCAUGCAGAUGAACAGCCGGCCAGUAGCAGCGGUAGCAGUAGUAGCAACAGCAGUCCUGGACGCAACAGCUAUGACUGGCAUCAGUCUGCUAUCGCAAAGACACUCCAACAGGUCUCUCAGAAACAACCUGCUGCACUUGAACCAAGUAUUUUCUCCACUGUCCAGCUCUACCGCCAAAGUACUAAACUCUAUGGAUCCAUCUUUACUGGUGCAAGCAAGUUCCACUGCAAAAGCUGCAGUGCAUCAUAUGACACACUGCUUGAUCUCACAGUUCACAUGAAUGAAACAGACCACUACCGUGAUGACAAUCUUGAAAGUGCUAGUAAGGGUGCCAAGUCAUGGUCCAAGCCCCGGAAGCGCUCUCUUUUGGAGAUGGAGGGAAAGGAAGAUGCCCAGAAAGUCCUACGCUGUAUGUACUGUGGACACUCUUUUGAAUCUUUGCAAGACCUUAGCGUGCACAUGAUAAAGACUAAGCAUUACCAGAAGGUUCCUCUGAGAGAGCCAAGAACUGCAAUUGCUGCUAAAGUUGUGUCUUCAUUCAGGAAGAGGAUUCCAGUGGAGCUGUAUGUUGCAAAAUCUUUGCACACCACAGAACAGACAAGAAGUCCCAACGGAGGGCAGGCCAGUGAUAUUUUUCAGAUGUAUUCUGAACAAACCAACAAAGACGACUUGAUAGAUCAGAAGACAAGGCGUGGUGUGCAGUUCAAGUCUCAGAACCUCAAAUGCAAGGAGUGUGGGAUUUCACAUGACUCUUUGCAGCAGUUGAGUGCUCAUAUGAUGUUGACCGGCCACUUUGUCAAAGUCACUCAAACAUUGCAAAAGACAGACAAGCCUUCUUAUCCCAAAAGUAAGUCUGAGAAGUCUCAGUCAGGUACACCAUGUUCUUCCCCUCUUUUAGCCACAGGAAUCUUGGCGUCACCGUCUGUCCCAUCUGUAGCAACUGGGGACAAAAACAAGACACAAGAAAUGACUUCUCAAAAAGACAGUGAUUGCAAGGAGUCUGCAAAUAUAAAUGAUGCUAAGCAGAAAUUCGGCAUAUCAUUGAAUUCUGAUUACCUAACUGAAGAUGAUCUAAAAGAGAGUCCUAAAAUGGAUUUUGAUAUUCUAAAAUCACUGGAGAAUACAGUUACAUCGGCUAUUAACAAAGCACAGAAGGGUGCCCCGAGUUGGGGCGGUUACCAGAGCAUUCAUGCAGCUUAUCAGUUACGAAACCAACUGAAACCUGGUCUAAACAACUCAGGCUAUGUUUCUUCUUUAAAACAAUCAAGCAGUAGUCAGGAAGGCCGGUCCAUAGACAAAAGUCAUUUAAUCCCUCCAAGCACUCCACCAAGAGCUUCCUGUACCACAGUUAAUGUCCAGGAGGUGGACAAACUGGAAAAGAAAGUAACAGAAAAGAUUUCUGAGGUUGACAGACAAUUUAAUGACUUGAAUGGACAAGGAUCCUUACAUCAGCAACUGCUGAAUUCCAAAGGGAAACCACUAAUGUCAAAAUCUCCAUGUCAUGAGAGUGUGUUUACACCUAUGAGCAAUGUCUCUGAGGGUAACACAAAUGAAAGAGAAAUUCAGAAGCACACACAAGAUUACAGAACUCGCCCCACUUCAGAUCUGUAUGAUGAUGCUGGUCUACUCUCUGCCCAACCUGAGCCAAAACAACCCUCUGUCAGUCCUCUAAGUGCCCUUCAGUCUGUUAUGAACCUUCAUCUGGGUAAAGCUGCCAAACCGGUAAGGCCUGUCCAGGACCCUAUGAGCAUGCUUCUCAGGAUGAGCAACAGCAUGGCAGAAAGGGCCGCUCUUGCCGGUCCAUCUGGACACUCAGCGAAACUUAGCCAGUUGAAUUCUGACUGCCAUGAAAUUUGCAGAGACCAACCGAUAGACUUAUCCAAAGGCAAAAGUGAACUGUGUCUCAGAGCUGCUGCUCUCCCAGGCAAAGCUUUGAGUUCCUCUGUGUCUGGUGUAUCUGUGAGUGAAUCAACCAGUUCCAAAAUCUUAUCACCAGCGAGUCCUUUGCGUGAAAAUGCCCUCUCUGACAUAUCAGACAUGCUGCGCAAUCUCUCAGAUUCUAGAGUUUUGAAGUCCCCAUCGCUUUUAUGUAAGCCAGAGCAGUCAGAAAUCGAGGGUUCUCACACUUCAGAUGAGGCAGAGGAUACAUCCAUGGUGCAUAAACGUAAAGGUAGGCAAUCGCACUGGAAACCCCAGCACUUGCUCAUUUUGCAGGCUCAGUUUGCAUCCUGCCUCAGGCAGACAGCUGAUGGAAAGUAUGUGAUAUCAGAAUUGAGCUCCCAGGAAAGGAUGGUCAUAUCACAUAUAACAGGUCUAUCUAUGACAACCAUCAGCCACUGGCUGGCCAAUGUGAAAUAUCAGCUCAGACGAACAGGCAGAACAAAGUUCAUAAAGAACGUUGACUCAGGACACCCGAUUUUCUACUGUAGUGAAUGUGCAACACAGUUCCAAGUUUGUUCUACAUACAUCUGUCACCUUGAGUCACACCUUGGGUUUAAAAUGAAAGACUUGGCAAAACUUACUUCUAAGGAUCUGAACCGGAGGAUUACAAAGCAUUCUAAGAGCCCUCCCAUAAAACCUGUGAUUCCUGCUGUACUGCCAGCUAGAGGAUGUCAGGAGCAAUUACCACCGGUGCCAGCUCUGUAAUAUACAAAAAACUUAUACAGUUAACACAGUAUGCCAGGAUAUUUAUUGUACUCUAAUUUGAGAACAGACAGGCCGAUCAUGAUGUAAAGAUUCAUACACAGUUACUCAUAUAUUGUUGCAUUAACAGUUGGCCUUGUAGGCUAAGCUUUUGUGAUCAUGAAUGUUGUAAUGGUAAUUUAACUUUAAAAACCUGUUUAAAGUUAAGCUGGCUACCACCAGUUUUACUAGGUAGAUACACAGUAUAAGAAAUCUAUUAUAUAUAACAAUGUCUUAAAGUUAUGAACAAUCUUGUAUGAUCAUGAUGAACAGCUUUUUGGUGGAAGUUUCUGUUCUGAUGAGAGAAGACUGUAUAUCUGUACAUAGCUGUUAUGUUAUCCAUAUUUUCCAAAAUAUUUUCCAUGACUUGCUUUUGUUCUUUCAUUUUUCCCGUGCUAAUACUUAGUUUGUUUGUGCAUAAGGAAUCUGAUUUAUUUAUAGAUAUAUAACUAAAGAACUGUAUAUAAUACUUAAAGUCUUUAACAUUUUUGUUGAUAUAAAUUGCCUUGACUUGCUUUUUUACAGAUGUUUUUGUUUUCUUAAAAUAUUUGUAUCACCUGUUCAUUUUUAUUCUUGCCAGAUUUGUUAAUCAGACUAUUUAACCUGUCAUUUUUGACUUUUUAUUUACAUUUUUGUUGAAUGUUAAUACAUUGAAUGAAGCAUGCCAUCUAUAUAUGUAAAUGAAAAAAAAAAUCAGUAAUCUUUUUAAAGAAAAAUGUAAUUAGAAAAAAGGCAUAUUUGUCUUUUUUCAAUUACUUGACUUCACAUUUAAUGUUUUUAAACUCUGUAAUUUUAACCUAAUAUCAUUCUAAUAAGACAUUCAAAGACCAUUGUUUUUAUUAGUCAUUCAAAAGAGUUUUUUUUUUCAGUAGUGCAUCCUUAUGCCUGACCAUUAUUUUUUAAAUAAAUAAUCUCCCCAUUUUACUGCGGUUACUUCCUUUUUAGUGCAUAUCUUUUAACUCUUACCAUGCCAAGUCUAAACAUACAGUCACAUGUACUCUUUGUCAUCUUAGCUUGUUUCCCAUCAACUAUUGGCAGAAUUAAAUUGAAGUUGUUGUG